GCCAUCUGCCCAUUCUUUACUCUCUCUCUCUCUGAUGAAGCACCAGCAGGUCACUCACACCAUCUCUCCUCGCCACUGCCCACUAAAAUAGCCCGCCUCUAAUCUCCUCAUCGGAUCAGAAGAAUCCCAGCGAAUCCAGGAAAGAAGGCUCCCACCGAAUUCCGUCCGAGACGCAGAGUGUCAGCUCCGGUUCCGAGCGAAUGGCGUCGCCGCCGGAGCCGGCGGUGAUCCACGCGUGGUCGGCGCCGCGCUCCCUCAGCACCAGCCUCAUGUACUCCUUCUCCCAGAGGGAUGACAUGGAUGUGCUUGACGAGCCUCUCUACGCUAAUUUCCUGCGUGUCACUGGCGUUGACAGGCCCUAUCGCCAGGAGCUUCUCUCUAAAAUGGAUCCUGAUGGCAACAAAGUUGUCAAAGAAGUCAUUUUUGGACCAGGAGAGAAAGCAUAUCGUUACUGCAAGCACAUUGCGAAGCAGCGCCUCCCUAAUCUCACAGGUGACCUGAUGAAGAAGGGAAAACAUUUCAUAUUAAUACGUAACCCUAUGAAUAUCCUUCCGUCAUUUGAUAAAGUUGUUCCACCAUCCUUCCUGGAGCUCGGUGUAGCAGAACUUGUCGCAAUAUACAGUGAGUUGUGUGAUCUUGGGAGCCCUCCACCUGUGAUAGAUGCAGAUGAUCUCCAAAGAGAUCCUGAGGCUGUCUUGAGUGGACUCUGUGAGGACCUGGGUAUUCCUUUCCAGCCACAAAUGCUCAAAUGGAAAGCUGGCCCCAGGGACUUUGAUGGUAUUUGGGCUCCCUGGUGGUAUGAAAGUGUACACACAUCAACGGGCUUCUCGAAAUCCCGUCGUUACCCUAUGACUUUUCCAUUUGCAUUUUAUGACCUACUUGAGCAAAGCUUGCCCUUCUACAAUAUGCUGAAGCGCCAGGUAAGGAGAACAGCAGGAUCCCUGCUGCCACCACCGCCUGAUCCUCCUCUUCCUGUACCAAGAAAUAAAAAAAUUCUUGUUUGGGUUGGAAAUGAGCUUUUGCCACGUGAUAGUGCAAGGGUUUCAGUGUUCGAUUCAGUUGUACAAGGAGGGGAUGCUGUGUGGGAAGGAUUGCGUAUAUAUGAUGGGAAAGUAUUCAAACUUGAAGAACACUUGGAUAGAUUGUUUGAUUCUACAAAAGCUAUGGCCUUCAGCAAUGUGCCCAGUCGUGAUUGGAUUAAGGAUGCAAUAUUUAAGACUCUUAAUGCAAAUGGGAUGUUCAAUGAUGCACAUAUAAGGCUCACUCUCACCCGUGGGAAGAAGGUGACAUCUGGAAUGAGUCCAGCUUUCAAUCUAUAUGGGUGUGUCUUGAUUGUACUUGCGGAGUGGAAACCACCAGUUUAUGAUAACUCACAUGGGAUUAAGUUGGUAACUGCCACCACACGUCGUAAUUCUCCAAAUAGCGUAGAUUCGAAGAUACAUCACAACAAUCUUAUUAACAACAUUCUGGCAAAGAUAGAAGGUAAUCUUGCACAGGCUGAGGAUGCUAUCAUGCUAGAUCAAGAUGGUUUUGUAUCAGAAACAAAUGCAACAAACAUAUUUAUGGUCAAGAAGGGCAUUGUAUUGACACCUCAUGCGGACUACUGCCUUCCAGGAAUUACCCGUGCAACUGUCAUGGAUCUUAUUGUGAAAGAAAACCUGGUAUUACAUGAACGGCGAAUUAGUCUAUCUGAAUUUCAUGCUGCCGAUGAGGUGUGGACAACCGGAACAAUGGGCGAAAUUACACCGGUUGUGAUGAUUGACGGGCGUGAAAUUGGUGAUGCGAAAAUCGGUCCAGUCACAAGACAAAUCCAGAACGCAUACAAAGUCCUGACAGCAGGGUUAGGGGUACCAAUACCCAGGAACGCGGAGGCAUAAUCAUUUGCGCGGACAUUCUUCUUUUCCUUUUGAAAAGGAGAAGGCACUUGUUAUCUAUGGACAAACUUUCAGGGCCCAGUUGAGAGUAAUAACAAUAAAUAGUCGCUAUUGUUCAAAGAAGCACCCAGUGAAAGCGGCACACCGAACAGAAAAGCGAGUAUUUGAAAAAUACUUGUUGGGUCUAUGGAUUCAUGAUUUAUUGUGUGCGUGUGUGCGCCGAACCUGUUCAUGUCAUUUGGAAGUUGUGGCUGAUCCUGGAAAUAGAACAGAAAAUAAAUCUUAUGUGCGGUUUGUUUGCUGCCUAA